GAUCAGCAGUCAACCCACAAAGUUCCUAUUAAACACAUGAUUACAAAAUCAUCGAUAUUUUUAAUGCAGUUCGAUACUUACUAUGCGAAGGCUACGACUGGACUGACGAAAGUGUUAAAAAAUUAUACAACGGUGGUAUUUAUCAGCGAACCGUUUGUCUCAGAUAAGAUUUAAUGUAAUUGUAUGAUGUAAAUUUUAUGACGCUAUUACUGCGCGACUUUCAAGUUUUAUUUGAGAGAUAACAAACUGCAUUAUAUUAGUUAAAACCUGAAAUGUUUUUUUUAAUUUAAUUAUUUAUUUGAAAUCGCUCAAUAAUUAAAAUAUUGCAAUUACAAAAAUAAUUAUUUGUUAUUUGUAAAAAGGGCAGAUUUGAAAAUUUUGAACACAAAAAUCUAAAUUUAAAAAUCACUGCUCACCCCCAGCUUACACACAAAACAGAAACGCAUGCGUUAAGAAUCGCUCGGCUUAUAGCGGUUCAUAAUUUCAAAACGAGACCACCACUAUUUAAUUAUUCAGAGAUCGUAACUAGUUUGUUGAAUGAACUAAAUCGAGACGAAAGUGUGUAUUAAUAUCGGUUGAUAAAGUGUGAAAAUAUUCCAGACAUGUGGAACAUAAAACAGCAGUUCGAAAAGGAUGGCUAUGUUGUUCUUGAAGACUUCUUAUCAGAGACGGAAAUAAACGAACUUAGGGCAGAAUGCGAUAAUUUGGUAGAAAAUAUGCCAGAGGAGUCCAAAAGGGCUGUUUUUAGCUCGGCAGAUUCAAAUAUCUUGCAGGAUAAAGAUAAAUAUUUUUUAGACAGUGCCGAUAAAAUCAGUUACUUCUACGAAGCGGACGCUCUGGGCCCAAACGGCGAACUAAAAGUCAAACCUGAACUGUCUUUAAACAAAAUCGGUCACGCAUUACACGAACUAAAUCCCGUUUUUCGAAGAAUUACUUUAGAUGAGCGAGUGAAAGAGUGCUGUUUCCAGCUGGGAUUCGAGGACCCGGUGGUGGUCCAAAGCAUGUACAUUUUCAAAAAUCCUGGCUUGGGCAGUGAAGUUAUUGCUCAUCAGGAUGCGUCCUACUUGCACACAGAGCCGGUCAAGGUGGUCGGUUUUUGGAUAGCACUAGAGGACGCCACGCUGGAAAAUGGGUGUCUCUGGUUUUCCAAAGGGUCGCACAAAAGCGGGGUCCACAGGCGAUACAUCAGAAAUCCAGACAAAAACUCUAAUGAUUUGUUGAUCUACACGUCGCCACCGCCGUAUUACCAAAAAAGUGGAUUUACAGCGGUGCCAGUCAAGAAAGGCACUUGUGUCCUCAUACACGGCCAAGUUGUCCACUUCAGCGAGCCCAACAAGUCGGAAAAGUCGCGGCACGCCUACACUUUUCACGUCGUUGAGCAGAAAAACACGAAAUAUUCGGAGGACAACUGGCUGCAGCUGCCCCAAGACAAGCAAUUUUUGAGUUUAUAUAAAAAUUAAUUUUUUGACAAAAAUAUGCAACGAGAUUUUUUAUUUUGUAUUUUAUUUUUAUUAAAAUAUAAAAUAUA